AUGGCUAAAACCGAUAUACCGACGUACACAAUCCUGGAAGCGGACGGUCAACACGAGGACAACGAUCUCGAGGACCGCCUUUUCGCUCAAGAUCCUACUAAUGCCUACACUGUCCGUUUCGUACGCGGGAGUCUAUCACCUGACUACGGGACAGAAGACAUCGCGGAUCACGCCAUCGGUCUCGCCCUCUCACUUCGCCGCGGAAUUCUACUCCAUCACGACCUCCAACGAGCGGAACCUCCGGCACCAUAUACGCCCAUAAAGCACCCACUGAUCGCUCGCUCCCGCGGGGCAGUCUUUGGGGUCUUGGGUUUGGGUCGCAUAGGCACAGCCGUGGCACUCCGAGCCAAAGCCUUCGGCUGGCACGUCUUGUUCUAUGAUCCUUACCUUCCCAAUGGAGCGGAUAAAGCUAUUGGUGCCGAACGAACGAAGAACAUCAAGGACCUCUUCCGAAGGUCGAGUAUCUUGUCCAUUCAUUGCCCUUGUACCCGAGAGACGAGGAAUCUGGUCGGUUACGAUUUGCUUUCGCUCUUGCCAAAGGAUGCUUUGCUCGUCAAUACCGCUCGUGGUGAGGUUGUGGAUCUCGAUGGGGUAGAGAGAUGUUUGAGGGAGGGAACAUUGGCUGGGGCGGGACUGGAUGUCUUGCCUGUUGAGCCGAUUGAGGAGCCGGCUCAUCCACUGAUCCAGGCUUACCGUAGGCGAGAGGCGUGGUUGACUGGCCGCAUGGCCUUGACCUGUCACACUGCAUUCUUCUCGCCGAGCUCUGUCGAAGAGAUCCGAUCAAAGUCAGCGCAAACGAUGCGAGAAGUGCUGAUUGACAAGAUCUCGAGCAACGUUAUCCUGCCGGAGAUGGAGUGA